UACAGGUCCGCCGGCAUCAUUGGGAAAUUCCGCCCCGUGGCGUGCAGCGUGUGCGACGCCGACGUGAGCUGCUUUGCUGCUGCGACGAGGGCGAUGUCGGGGUCGUGCGGCUGCCGCUGUGCUGAGGGCGGGUACGGGCACGACUGCCUGCCGGUGUACCUGCCGCACGUGGACGGGUGCAACCGCACGCCCGAGAAACCGCUGCUGAGCCACACGGCGACGCUGACGGCGACGCGCAGCCUGACGCCAACGUGGACGCCAACACCGCCAACAACGAGCCUGAGUGCGACGCGCUACAGUCCGACGAACUACGGACCGACGGAGACGCUGCAGGUGACGGAAACGGUGACGCUGCUGCCCACGCCGACCCCGGCAGCGUCGGUUACGGCGACGGAGCCGCCGACCGCGACAGUGACGGCAUCGGAUUCACUGAGCAUGAGCCUGUCGGUGAGCAGCACGCCGUGGUGGAGCGACGUGGCGUGCCCGACACUCACCGUGACGACGACGGCGGCUGGUGGGAGCCUGACGCAGAACGACAUUCGCGGCGGUGGGAGCGCCGUCCCGACGCGGCUGAUGGUGGCGCUGCCGCCGCCGUUCCGCUGGGCAAGCGACCCGCAGCUCGGCACGCACCUGAGCUUCGUGCCGGUGGCGACGGCGCAGCCGCGCGGCUUUGGUGGUCCGUGGGGAGCGAUGCUGAGCAACGCGACGUGGGUGCGCAACGCGACGAAUCCGUCCACCGUCCUGGAGCUGGCUGUGCCCGUGCACCGCGGUUACUUCAUUGGUGCCGACGAGACGAUAGUCAUUCGCUGCGACGCUGUGGCGGUGUUUGGCGGCUGCAAGGGUGUGCUGCUUGGGUCUUUCACCAUCGCGUCCAACACGCCGCCUGCUGUUGCCAGCGCCCUCUCGGCGAUCACCGGCGUUGUUGCGGGUGCGGCGGCUGUUGCCGUGGUGGUGACCGGCGGGCUGGGCUCCAUCCUGGAGAUGCAGGCGCUCGGCGUGUUUGCGAGGAUGUCAUGCGCCUCUGCGCAGGAGCGUGCGAGCACCGUUGCGCUGCCGUACUUCCUGUCGGUGUUCGCUGCCCUUGACCCGCUGUGGAUGGUGGUGGGCAAUGCGCUGCUCGCCGCGGUGUUCGGCUGCGUGCACUACGGUGUGACGGCGGCCUUCCAGCGGUGGCGCGGCGUGGACGCAGCGACUGCGUGGGCGGCGAUGCGCUUCCCGAGCCUGACGUACGUAGUGGCGCACGCGAUGCACCUCGGCAUUUUCUUCGGCUCCGUGUUUGCAGUGGCGAUGCCCGGUGCCCGCGCGCAGCACUACGUGAUUGGUGUCGUUGGCGUGCUGUACGGUGUGGCGUUCCCUGCUGGCGUGUGCUACUUGAUUGCCCGCCACACGGGCGCGAGCUUUGCGAAGUACUGGCAGUUUUCGAGGAAGCCGCUGCACGAGCGCCUGCUGUACCCCGUCGGGUAUUGGCACCCCGCGGCGCAGCAGCGGAUGUACGGCGGCAUGCUGACGAACAUGAGGGGCAGCCACGUGUACUGGUGCGUGUUCCAGCUGUCGGUGCUGUGUGUGGUGGGCCUGAUUGCUGCUGUGCACCCGCCAGUGGGAGUCUGCCACGUCCUGUACUUCUGCAUGGCGGCUGUGCUGCUUGCGGGUGCGGGCGUGGUUGCCUUCACGAACAUGAUGCGCUCGGCCUUCCUGACGGUGAUGCGCACGGCGAGCUUUGUGCUCCUUGCGGCGCUGUGCCUGACCAGCGCGGCCAACCAUCUUGCGCCGAGCGACGGCGGAGCGAGGGCGUACGCGGCACUUCUGAUGCUGCUGACCACUGUGCUGCUUGCGGCCACUGUGUACUGUGCGGUUGUGUGGUACGUGGAGGACCGCCACUGGCAGGAGCUGCGCGAGCCGCAGCGUGGAGGGCUGGAUGCGCUGCUGCACGAUGACGAGGAGAGCGACGAAGAGUUGCGGAAGCACCACGACAGGACAUCAUCGUCGUACGCUUCAGGCAGCGCCGGCGCGUCGUCGUACCGACCACCCGCACCGCCGCAGUGGGAGCGCAUCAUUGGUAGCAACGAAGGCAACCCAGAUACCAUUGACCGUCAGCCGCAGCCACUGGCAGUCGACACCCACUCCAACGCAUUAAGCUUCGUGGACCGUGCAUCAACUACACGUGGGAGCGUGAAUCACGCUAUCCCGUGA